AUGCCUCCAGCCAAGCGCCCGCGCCAACCUGGCCAAGGGGCUGGGCGCCAGCAGCGCGACACCACACAAGUUCGACUUCUUGGUGCCCAUGACCAUGCCAUCGAGAAGCUCAAAGCUGCAUUGAUGUUGAUCCUGUUCUUGCCUAAGGCAUUGCAUGACCAUGUCGAGCAAGCGGCGAAGCAAUGGAAAGAUCGCAGUAAGCCUGGUGAAGAACAUCCCGACAAGUGUUCCUGCACCUGUGCCAGACUUAAGGCUCUCCUUGAGGCUAUCGACCGGGCCAUGGCAGGACCUGCGCCAGUGCUGGUUGGCGCCGAGGAGUGCAAGACUUCUCUCACUCACCUGGUAGAGGUCGUCACCAAAGGGGGAGCUCAUUGCAUUGUCUCGGACAUUAGCUUGAAAGCCGCUGCGUCCCGCAGCCCUGAGCAAUCGCCCUAUGAGAUCACCUUGACAUCCUCUGCUGAAGGCCAUAUGAUGCGAACAGCGUUGCUGGGUGUCUCCCAGCCCAACGCUACCCCGAAUACUCGUGACCAACCGGUGAAGAGCUGGGAAGUGAGAGCUUACAGGCCUCGGCGUGGAGGUCUGAUUCGUGAGCUGCAGGGCUGA